AUGGAUGCGCCACUGACCGAAUGGGAGCUCUUCAACCGAAACCUCAUUCACUACUUUAGUCCACCUAUCUGCCAGGACACGAUCGGCGACCUUGCACCACCUUGGCACACCGGCUCCAUGAACGACUACAUCGACAAUUUCACCGCGUACGUGCUACAUGUCGGCAUCACUAGCGAGCUUCACCAAGUCAGGCUCUUCAUCACCGGCCUGCAAGAUGCACUUCGGACGGCAAUCAUCUAG